AUGAUCCAGCACCCUGAAAGUACUCACAUAGACCCUCUUGAGAUCACACUGAGAGAAGAACAGGCUCACUGCGCCCACGUUGAGGCUGAGCCGGAUGGCCAACCGUGGUACAUUGACAUCAAGACAUACUUGGAGAAGGGAAAAUACCCCCUAGAGAGUUCAGCAAAUCAGAGAAAGACCAUCAGAAGGUUGGCCAACGGUUUCUUCCUGAACAAAGAAGUAUUGUGCAAAAGGACACCUGAACUUAGUCUACUCAGGUGUGUGGACGCCGAAGAGGCUAUAAAACUGCUGGGGCAGGUGCACACAGGGGCAUGCGGUUCUCACAUGAAUGGAUUCGUAAUUGCAAAGAAAAUCCUGAGGACAGGAUGCUACUGGAUGACCAUGCAACAUGAUUCGUGCAAAUUCGUGCAGAGAUGCCAUCAAUGGCAGAUACACGGGGAUUUAAUCAAGGUUCCUCCCAUCGAGUUACAUGCGAUGAGCUCACCAUGGCCCUUUGUGGUAUGA